CAUGCAAUGAUGCAAUCCCAGGCGACGGCGGCUUACCACUUCAAAGCCAUCCCUGUGAGGUCGAAACUCCUGAUCUCAUCGGCAAAACUAAACCAGGCGAGAAUAUCACGGUCAACUUCACCCGCUAAAAUACGCUGGGAAGCCACUAUCACCGCACCCCAAACCCACUUGUCAUCACCCAUAGUUGACGAAGCAGUCACAGCAUUCCAAGACUACCAGCUUCUGUUCACCUCUCAACGUUCCGAGUGUGUUGAACCGGUCGUCCUUCGUAUCAUCGACGGUUCAAUCCCUCACGAUUUCCCAUCCGGAACAUAUUACCUGAUCGGACCAGGUUUAUUCUCUGAUGAUCACGGCUCAACCGUUCACCCUCUCGACGGACAUGGCUAUCUCCGAGCCUUCACCAUUGAUGGACAGAAAGGCGAAGUUAGGUUCAUGGCUCGGUACGUUGAGACGGAAGCUCAGAGAGAAGAACGUGACCGGGAGACCGGCAGCUGGAGGUUUACACAUCGAGGGCCUUUUUCUGUGUUGAGGGGAGGGAAGAAGAUAUUGAAUACGAAGGUGAUGAAGAAUGUUGCGAAUACAACCGUUUUGAAAUGGGGAAAACGUUUGCUUUGUCUUUGGGAGGGUGGUCAACCUUAUGAGAUCGAACCUACGACGUUGGAUACUAUUGGGAUGUUCAACCCGUUGGAUGGCUGUGAUUCGUUGCCUUUUAUAAGUAACUCCAAUGGCGAUGUAUGGGAUGUUGCAGCUCUCUUGUUAAAGCCAAUUCUGUACGGAGUGUUUAAGAUGCCUCCAAAACGCUUGUUGUCUCACUACAAGAUCGAUGCUGAACGUAAGAGAUUGCUGAUCUUGUCAUGCAAUGCAGAGGAUAUGCUUCUACCUCGCAACAAUUUCACUUUCUAUGAAUUCGAUAUAAAUUUUAAUCUAUUGCAAAAGCAAGAGUUCAACAUCCCAGAUCACUUGAUGAUCCAUGAUUGGGCUUUCACUAACUCCCACUACAUUUUGUUCGGCAAUCGUGUCAAGAUAGAUGGAGCCGGGUCAAUGAGAGCAGUAUUAGGGUUAUCUCCAAUGAUCUCUGCCUUGUCAGUAAACCCAAGCAAGAGCACAACACCUAUAUAUUUGCUUCCUCGAUCACUUAAUUCAGUUAACAAAGGUCGAAAUUGGAGGGUGCCUAUUGAAGCUCCUUUACAGAUAUGGCUUCUACAUGUGGGCAAUGCUUUUGAGCAAAAGGAUAAGAAUGGGGUCUUAGAAGUUCAAGUACAAGCUGUCACUUGCUCUUACCAAUGGUUUAAUUUUAUAGAAAUGUUUGGAUAUAAUUGGCAAAGUGGCAAACUGGAUCCUUCUUUCAUGAAUGCUAGAGAAGGUGAAGAGGAAUUAUUACCACACCUGAUUAAGGUAUCUAUAAAAUUGGAUGCUAAUGGACUCCAACAAAAAUGUUUAGUGGAGCCCUUAAACCAUUGGAGUAGGCCAUCGGACUUCCCUGUUGUCAAUCCAACCUUCACUGGUCAUGGAAACACCUACCUUUAUGCAUCAACUUCUUCUGAUUCUCGUAGAAUAUUUCCAUAUUUUCCAUUUGAUACCGUGAUAAAAUCAAAUCUCUCAACCAAAGCAGUCUCCACAUGGUCUGUGGGAAGUCGACGAUUCAUUGGUGAGCCUGUUUUUGUGCACAAUGGGAGUGAAGAAGACAAUGGUUAUCUUCUGGUGGUGGAGUAUGCAGUUUCGAUACAGAAGUGCUAUCUUGUGGUUUUAAAUGCUAAGCGGAUUGGGGAAGUUGAUGCACUAGUAGCAAGGCUUGAAGUUCCAAAACACUUGAAUUUUCCCUUCGCUUUUCAUGGAUUUUGGGCAACUGAGAACUAA